CAUCAAGUGUUUGAAGUAUGGAGAUAUUUCAAUAUUUUUGGGAUCGUUUUGCGGUGUACGAAAGUGAAACCGACAAUUUCCGCUACAUCGAUCUGCUGCACCUGCUUUUCGAUCCAGGUGUACCCGAGUCGAAAAACCAAACCAUACGCGUAACUUGGGCGAUUUUGAAAAGUUUAAUCGUUAUGCAGUACUUUUUCCUCAUGUACCAGCUGUUGAGAAUUUGUUUCUUUCUGCCAAUCGACAUCGAUGCCUUCAUGGCGGUGUUCAACAUGGGAUUCAUAUGGACCGUGGCACUUUCGAGAGGGAUUUGCUUCGCUAUCUAUCGACGCGAGUUGAACCAGUUGAAGAAGUACGUAAAUGCAAGAAGUUGCCAACGCGAUAAUCCUGUGGCAAAGGAGUUUCGGAAGAACACCUACAGGCAGAACCUUAAGCUGGCGACAAUCUUUCAACUUUACACCGUAAUUAACGUGAGCAUUUGGUGCUUUACCGAGUUUCGUACGAACGACAACUUUGAUAUACCGCUACCGAUGCAUCUGCUUAACGAUAAGCUUAGACUUUCGAUUGAGUUCUUUUACAUGUGCGUUUGCACAACUUGGAGCAUCACCUGUUGGAUCAACUUUUUGCAGUUUGGAAUGAUUUUGAACUGUCUGCGUACGGAGCUAAAAAUCGUAGUUAUGCAGUUCGAGGAGUUGUUUCCUAAAAUAAGAAAUGAACUUGAGAUUGAUGAUUUACGGAAUUUGGAACCGAUUAAAAGACGUCGUUUCUGGAUAGAAUUGGAUGAUGCCUUCAUUAAUGCAUUGGCAGAUCACUCAAUGUUCUUAAAACACCACAAACAACUAAAGGCAGCAUCCAGCUCCAACUUCCUCAUCGUAUUUUCGUCAGCAAUGGUCCUCAUCUCGAUGAACAUGUUUCUGUUCAUAAUCGACCCUUCCGUGAAACGGAUCCCCCUUCUGGUAGUCUCGUGCCAAUUUGCAUUCGAAGUGUUCAUCUGCUGCUAUCUGUUCGACUCGCUGGAACAAGAGAACAACCACAUCAAACACCACGUGUACGCCAUCGAUUGGAUGACCAGAAGGGACAACGACCUGCAACGCAGACGGUUCCGGUCGAUACGCCAAAAUGCACUGUUUUUGCAGCUGCAAACCAACGCGGGAUUGAAAAUCCGGGCCGGCGGCAUGUUCGACCUGAAUCUGGUGUCCUUCUCGACGCUGAUUAACCUGGUGUACUCGAUGCUGACCUUUCUGCUGCGGACGCGGCAGGUGGAGUUCUAAUGGUUGGAAUAGUCCACAUCAAACCGAUGUAUUGCUGUUGAAAUUUGA